CAAGCUUCGCCAGUUUGCCAUUAGCAAUCAACGAGGUCACGGAGGCCUGACGUGUGGAAUUCUUCUCAGCGACAAAGAACUCAGAAAUCAACCGAAAAUGUUCAAAAAUACGUUUCAAAGUGGAUUCCUGUCGAUUCUAUACAGCAUCGGCAGCAAACCCCUUCAGAUCUGGGAUAAGAAGGUCAGAAAUGGGCACAUAAAACGAAUAACUGAUAACGACAUCCAAUCAUUAGUUCUUGAAAUAGUCGGCACAAAUGUUAGUACCACAUUCAUCACAUGUCCUUCAGAACCAAGGAAGACCCUUGGUAUCAAGCUCCCAUUUUUAGUCAUGAUCAUCAAGAAUCUCAAGAAGUACUUCACGUUUGAGGUCCAGGUUCUAGACGAUAAGAAUGUCAGGAGACGUUUCAGGGCGAGCAACUACCAGAGUACGACGCGUGUCAAGCCUUUCAUCUGCACAAUGCCUAUGAGACUAGAUGACGGCUGGAAUCAAAUUCAGUUUAAUCUAUCAGAUUUCACAAGGAGAGCAUAUGGAACAAACUAUAUUGAGACAUUGCGAGUUCAGAUCCAUGCUAACUGCCGAAUCCGACGAGUAUACUUCUCCGACAGACUGUAUUCAGAAGACGAACUACCUGCAGAAUUCAAACUUUACUUGCCUGUUCAGAAGGGUGCCAACCCAAGGAGUUAAACCCUGAAUGGGUAUGGACAUUCAAAGUGAAAGCAAAGACACUUUAGAACUCAUUGUCAGCAAUAGGGAAGAACCGAUCCACAUUGUUGACAAAAACCUCACUCAACUUUUCAGCCCUCAUGCAGAGAAGUCGAACGUCAAUGGUACGACAACUGUCAUGAUCUGCGUAUCGUCGUGAUAAAGAUCCCUUCUUCAGCUGGCGCCAAGAGAGGUGUAACAAAGUAUAAAGUGUAUCUCUCUUUAACAUGUGUUAGUGAGGCAAGUCUUAACUCAAAAUGAUAUUUAUGAUUGUGAAAUCCUGUCUAGUUUGUCAGGAUAUUAGGUAAGCUUACCUUGGAAAUAACUGCCAAGGAAUUGAAAAGAUUUGCGAUUUUGUAAUGUGCUCUAAUGCGUUUGGGAACUAGGCUGAUGGACUGAAACGCGAGAAACUAUGUUGAAAUCAAAGCAGGCCUUUGCUAUUUCUAUUGCUCUCCCUUCUUCAGAUGUUAUGGGGACAGAUGUGGAAAUAGUUCCUUAUUUAGAUCUUGGAUUCAUACUAAAUGAUCUUAAUGAAAAGCAAUUGUAACACUGAGCUUUCUCUCCAUUUCAGGACUGCUUUUACCCCCAGUUUGUAAUACAUUUAAGACUUCAUAUGCAUGUAUUGGUAUUUGAAUUGAAAGCUGUAGAGAAAGGGCUACCAUGAUUGAGUGACGUCUUAUUUGAAAUUCUUUCAAAGGCUCUCUACAAGAAAUGAACAAAGAAUGUUGGUCACAUACAAAAUGCCUAAUUGAAAGUCACCUUAUUCUUUAUGUCAUUGUUUAUGUAGCUGUUAUACCAUUUAAUUUAAAGUACUGUAUGGUAUAUUGUAUCUUCGUCUGUGUUUGUCUCUGCGGUCUGGCACUUGGGUCAAAGUUCAUUAAAUUACUAUUCACUCCUUUGCAUGCUAAGUACAGGUAUUCACAGUUUGUGCUGAUUGUUGCUACAUUUUUAGUUGAAUAAAAAGAUAGCCACUAUUAGACAUCACAUCCUAAUUUGGUCAUAGAUUGUAUAGUGAGUGUUAAUAUGUAUGUCAAUAAUGUCACCAAAACUGACUAAAAAUGGGCAGCAUGUCUUCAUGAAUUCUCAAACCCAUUGCCUAACGUUUGCAGGAGUUUUAUGUUACAUCCUGAUUGUGUUAGGACUAAUUUAAUUCCAAAAUGAAUCGAUCAAGAUAAGGAAUUGUCCCUUGGAUACAAGAUUAUAUUGCUCUGCAAUAAUCUUUGGAAAAUUAGUUAGUUUUUCAAUACAACUCUAGGGUUAUGCUAACUGAUGAUUCAAAGUUUCAAAUGGUCCAUUACAAAUGCUCUACUUUUUUUCUUCAUUUUGAUGUAUGAAAAUCUUUGGUAGUUGGAGGGAAACUGGGAAUCAGUCAUCUCUUUUUUUCCUGAAUAGGUAAUAUAUUUAGCGUAAUAUAUUAAUUUAUUUGAUUACAAAAAGUAAUUUUAUUUAAUUUGUUACUUUCAAUAAUACCCUCUUUGCCUAAAUAUCAAAUGGAGGACAAUGCAAGUCUAGUAGACUGUAGAAAAGUUAUCUGACAUUUGUACUAUAAUCUAGGGUAAGCUUAUUGUGUAUAUAAAUAUCUCAAAAUGACAUUAAUAUGCCUGUAAAUAUAUAUAUGUUAUGUAACUAAAGAUUAUGUCAUGUAACCAUGUUACAAUACUCAGAAAUGUUUAUGUUCUCUUCAGGCUUUCCGUAUCAGACCAUGUAUUGACAUGUGCUGAUUCCAAUAAUCCAAAUAGUUAUUUUCUGAAUUUAAAUGUAAAAGAAGUUAAAUCAUGUUUACAUGUUAACUUUGUAUUAUGAACAGUGUUUUUAAUGAGAUGGUGCCAUGUGAUGUCUUUUUAAAUUUCAUAUCUUUAUUCUAUUAUUUGGUUUUAUCAACCUUAUUUGCCUUAGGUUUUGAAGAUUUUGUAUUCAAAAUGCGCCAUCAAAAAGCACUGUGCAUAAGAUAAUAAUAUAUGCUGUACUCUUACUUUUAUUUAAGUAAUUGCUCUGCUCUUAUGGAGUGCAGGAUAACUUAUUUGAAAUCAAUGAGAAUUGUCAAUUAUGUUCAUGUAAUCUGUGUACAAUCAGAUUCUACUUUGUCUUUUUUAUAUAGUUCAAGACAAAAUACACUUUAUAAACAUGAAA